UUAUUCACGAUCCUGAUGAUCCGUAUAAAUCGGAAUACGAUGAGGAAAUUAUUGUCAUGUUGAAUGAUUAUCAUCACACCAAUGCACAAAUUUUAUUAAAACAAUUCUUAACUCCUGAAAGUCAAGGAGAAGAGGUAAGAAAGAUUGAUAUAAGUACAAAGGCCCCAUCGGGUUCUAAAUGUGUGGACAAUGCCGGUCUUGCUAAAUUUGAAUUUGUUCAAAAUAAAAGAUAUCGCCUUCGUAUCAUUAAUACUAGCGCAUUUUCGGCAUUCUUCUUUUCUAUUGAUAAUCAUGAAAUGGAAGUUAUAGAAGCAGACGGUCUCUAUACUAAACGAAAUAAAAUCCAUCGUCUUCCCAUCAAUGUCGCUCAAAGAUAUUCUGUUAUUGUUACUGCAAACCAACCUGCCGAUAAUUAUAUAAUGCGUUCUGAAUUUCAAAAGGAAUGCAUGCCAAAUGCUGCAGCUAGUCUUCCUAUUAUAAAAGCUAUAGUACAUUAUGAAGGAGCCCCUGAUAAUCCCGAACCAAAAGAUAAUCCAUGGUCAGAUUCCUUGACAGAAUGCGUUGAUCUAGAUCACAAGACUUUACAACCAUUUACAGAAGAAAAGAUUCCCGAAUCAACGAAAAAAUUGAAACUCGAAAUUUGUCUGGAAAAAGAUGGGAUGCAUUCUUGGUUUGGUGACAAGUGGAUUCCAUUAAAAACUAAAGCAUUAUCAAAAAUAAAUUUAGAAGUUACGGAAUUUGAUGGUAAAAUGUUAAGAGUUAAUCUCGAAAAUUGA